AUGCUUGCCGAGGACAGACUUAGCGAUUUGGGUACAAGGGGAAUUUUGCGCUAUACAGUUCAUCGUUUAGAGGCUGAUCAACUACACAGAGCACCUUUGGAACAAUCAAUGAAGCCUUGCGGGCUUAAAUAUUUAUACUAUGACGGUAUAGAUGAUGGUUUCACAAAUAUCAUUGCGCGGUGCAGACUAUUGUCUCACAAAUAUCAUUGCGCGGUGCCGACUAUGGUCUCACAAAUAUCAUUGCGCGGUGCAGACUAUGGUCUCACAAAUAUCAUUGCGCGGUGCAGACUAUGGUCUCACAAAUAUCAUUGCGCGGUGCAGACUAUGGUCUCACAAAUAUCAUUGCGCGGUGCAGACUAUGGUCUCACAAAUAUCAUUGCGCGGUGCCGACUAUGGUCUCACAAAUAUCAUUGCUCGGUGCAGACUAUGGUCUCACAAAUAUCAUUGCGCGGUGCAGACUAUGGUAUCACAAAUAUUAUUGCGCGGUACAGACUAUGGUCUCACAAAUAUCAUUGCGCGGUGCAGACUAUGGUCUCACAAAUAUCAUUGCGCGGUACAGACUAUGGUCUCACAAAUAUCAUUGCGCGGUACAGACUAUGGUCUCACAAAUAUCAUUACGCGGUACAGACUAUGGUCUCACAAAUAUCAUUGCGCGGUACAGACUAUGGUCUCACAAAUAUCAUUGCGCGGUACAGACUAUGGUCUCACAAAUAUCAUUGCGCGGUACAGACUAUGGUCUCACAAAUAUCAUUGCGCGGUGCAGACUAUGGUCUCACAAAUAUCAUUGCGCGGUGCAGACUAUGGUCUCACAAAUAUCAUUGCGCGGUGCAGACUAUGGUCUCACAUAUAUCAUUGCGCGGUGCCGACUAUGGUCUCACAAAUAUCAUUGCGCGGUGCCGACUAUGGUCUCACAAAUAUCAUUGCGCGGUGCAGACUAUGGUCUCACAAAUAUCAUUGCGCGGUACAGACCAUGGUCUCACAAAUAUCAUUGCGCAGUACAGACUAUGGUCUCACAAAUAUCAAUGCUCAGUGCAAACUAUGAUCUCACAAAUAUCAUUGCGCGGUACAGACUAUGGUCUCACAAAUAUCAUUGCGCGGUACAGACUAUGGUCUCACAAAUAUCAUUGCGCGGUACAGACUAUGGUCUCACAAAUAUCAUUGCGCGGUGCAGACUAUGGUCUCACAAAUAUCAUUGCGCGGUGCAGACUAUGGUCUCACAAAUAUCAUUGCGCGGUGCAGACUAUGGUCUCACAUAUAUCAUUGCGCGGUGCCGACUAUGGUCUCACAAAUAUCAUUGCGCGGUGCCGACUAUGGUCUCACAAAUAUCAUUGCGCGGUGCAGACUAUGGUCUCACAAAUAUCAUUGCGCGGUACAGACCAUGGUCUCACAAAUAUCAUUGCGCAGUACAGACUAUGGUCUCACAAAUAUCAAUGCUCAGUGCAAACUAUGAUCUCACAAAUAUCAUUGCGCGGUACAGACUAUGGUCUCAUAAAUAUCAAUGAGCGGUGCGACAACCUUAUGCAACAGAAAACAGUUUUCACAAUUGUGAAUUUCUGA